UGUGAUAGAUUUUCAUGUUCCCCCACGCACACUCCCUCCCUCCCUCCAUUCUCUCUCCUUCUCUCUCUCUCACACACUCCAUUGAUAACACAACAUUCCGUCUAAGUCCGAGACAAUACUCUCCACCCCCCCACAGCAACGAGACCCCAGUAUAUAUGAGUGAUUACACAGAGAGACUCUGGGCGAGAGCGAGAGAGAGAUGGAGAGAGAGGAGGAUGGGUUGGUGACCAUAAAUGAGAGUUUGUAAAUUGUAUAGUAGAGUGGAUGGGUGCAGUUACCAUGGCGGCGUAGCAGAGGCUCUAAUUCCGUGCUAUAAUUGCUUCCAACAGCGAACAGAAUUGGGCAACACCAACGCUACCUUCCCCUCCCUAUUCUCCGUCCUUUUUAUCCUUAAUUUUCUUUAAUUCUGUCUUUUGAACUGCAGUUUCUCUUCAAAAGCUGCAAAAAUCCCAACUACGACCAGAGCCAGAAGAUCAUACUUGAGACUUGGGACGCCCCCACCACAACCCCUAAACAGUCAGAAGCGGCGAGGGGAAAAAAACACAAAACUGCAAAAAGCAUCCGGGUCAAAUAUUAACCAACCAACCACAGAUCAAACCCAUUCCCUCCCUUCCAACCCAAAUAUUACAGCUGUACUGAUCUUUGAAAAUUAUUUUAAGAUUCGGGGAGACUUCUCUGCUAUGGAUUGUAUGCCUCAAUUGGACACUGUUUCAGCUUGUGGGUGCAACAAAUGGCUGGGUUCUUCUCUCUAGGCCCACAGAACAGACAAGAAGAAGAAAAACCAGAUAACAACAACAGUAGCAGCUUAUUCUUGUUCAGGAACGAGGAGAUCUACAGCAAAGGAUUGGAGAUAUGGCCACAGUCUUAUCAGCCGCAUCACAACUUGAACAACUACUACUCUUUUGGGGCGGGUCCUAGUCGCAGAAGCUCCUCCAACGACGACGUCGUCUCUGACGACUCUACGAGGUUCGGAUUCACGGUGAUGAGGUCUGGAGGCCUAGGAGGUGGCAUGAACUGUCAGGAUUGUGGGAACCAGGCUAAGAAGGACUGUGCACAUCUCAGAUGCAGGACUUGCUGUAAGAGCCGAGGGUUUCAGUGCCAGACCCACGUCAAGAGCACUUGGGUUCCCGCAGCUAAACGCCGUGAACGACAGCAACAACUCGCUGCGUUGCAGCAACAGCAGCAGCAGGACCAACAAUUUAGGGGAGAUUAUUCGAAACGACACAGAGAUGGUCAAGCUUCAGGCUCUCUUGCCUGCGCUCCGUUAAUGCCAAUUGCCACAACAGGGUUGGAGCUGGGGCAAUUCCCACCAGAGGUGAACUCUCCGGCUGUGUUUCGGUGUGUGAGAGUAAGCGCGAUGGACAGUCCAGAGGACCAGUACGCGUAUCAAACGGCUGUGAACAUCGGUGGUCACCUUUUCAAGGGAAUUCUGUAUGACCAAGGCCCUGAAGGUGCUUACACCACAGGUGGCGAGAGCUCCUCCGGCGGAGCUGAAGCUCAACAAUUAAAUCUCAUAACCGCGUCGACCACCACGAACACGGCUAUUACCAGCGCCAACCCAUUUGAUUCAUCUUCACUAUACCCGGCUCCGCUCAGUGCCUUCAUGGCUGGUACGCAAUUCUUCCCACCUCCAAGGUCCUAAACACGUGACUCUCCUAUCUCCGGGAACUCAUAAUGAAGUGUUGCAUUUAUUAAUGAAACAAGUCCUCUCUCUUGCCAUCAACACUCGGAACUAUUAUUGACUGUGGUGGUCAUGGAGUAUACUCAUAUCUUUAACUAGAAGGAAGAGUUAGGGAUUUUAAAAAUGAUUGAGGACGAUUCAGAAUGCAUGAAAUGGGGGAAGUUUUGUCUUCGUCCGAAUGUCGCAAUUCAGGAUUUCAGUUAUUGUUAUUUUGAUAUUAUCGAUGGCUUACUUUUCAAUUCUAGAGUAUUUGGAUUCGUCAUGGAUUUUCUUGGCAGCAUUUGGGUAUGUGUGCAUUAUGUUAUGCAGCUGAUUUGAUUUCUUCAUGGGUAGUAUUUUUCUUUUUCUGGGUUUUUAUCAAGUAAGCUUUCUGGUUGGUGCUGAACUCGAAGCCGCUUUUCCCGUUUAUCCGUUUACUUGCCGGAUCGAUAUAGGUUUCGUGUUUGGCUAAGCUAGCAAUAGAAUUUUAAUCGAAACCCUAUAUAUUUAUAUAUCCUCUUUUUGCACGA